AGCCCGUACGCCAUGCUAGCAUGCUACGUCGUAUUCUCCUUUUCCAUCUGGAAUCUCCUCCCGGACAAGGCAUUCAACAUCCUCUGGUACAUCUUCGCGACCGCCCAAACCCUCUGCGCCUUCGUGGGUGUUUCCCUCGCCAUCAACUCUCGUCGCCCCUCGGUCCUCGCACGUCGUCAUGCCCGCAAAGCUGCAAAGGAAGGAUUUCCAGACUUGGACAAGAAACAUGCUCACAUUGACGUGCUGCUCAUUCCGCAGGGGGAGGCGGAUACGAAUGACAUCGUAGAGGGACUUCAGUAUGUGGUGGAUGAGGUCAAUUACCCGAGCGAGAAGUUGCACGUCUAUAAGGAUGCUGAUACCUCAUGGUCUCUCUCGCGCAGGGCCCGCGAUCUGACGCACAUCGACUCUCGCUGGUCAAAUGUCACUUCCCUGCCUUGCCCUGCAGAUGCAGCAGAAGCGGACAUCAUCUCUCACGCCCUUUCCAUCUCCACGAGCCCAAUCGUCUCCAUCUACUCUUGCGGUGCCGUCCCCGAUCCAAACGCCUUUGCCUGGGUAGCUCGCCGCUUCAACACGGGCCAAGUGGACGUGGUACACGGGCGACGAUGCAUCUCAAGCCCUACCCCCUCCGUAUGGUCCAACCUAGCAUCGGUGGACUACGAUGUUGCCUACGGGAUCUUCCAACCGGGAACCCCGGCAGGCACAACCUCGUGGGGGAUGGACGGUCAUUGGAGUCGCUCCCUCCUCAAAUCCCUCGUACGACGACAUCGCUCUGGACUCGACACUAGCGUGCGUGCCCUCCUCUCCGGCGCACGAAGCGGUUACGACUUGAACGUCGUGGCAUUCGAAGCUGCUCCGUGGGGUCUGGGAGAUCUGUUGGGACAGCGUGUCGCCUGGGCGAGGGAAUGGACGCGAAUCACCGGUAGACACGGGGUAGCGUGGAGCAAGACCAGCCUGGCCUUGGUCCUCCUCGCUGCUUACCCUCACGUGCUCCUUCAGGCUUGCUGUCUCGCCCUCGCCUCUCUGCCACGCUAUGGACCCGCUACGUGGUCGCAGCUUUAUCACCAUGAGGACGGAUUUGUCAUCUCCGUAUGGCUCAUCGCUUUCCAGCUCAUGUCGGGCGUCGUGGCGCUCAGCAUCUUGUACCGCAAUCGCUCGGCCAGCACGCCCAAGAGUGCUGUCCUCGUCUUUGCGCUGCUUUCGCCCUUGUACCUCGUGGCAUUUGCCUGCUUGAUGGUGGUAGGGCACUUCAAGGCGUUGGUGCGGGCGCGAUAGGUGAGGGCGCGCUAGGACUCAAGUCGCUGCAUUGCACGGACACUACUUGUAUCGCUUCGCUGCCACUACUACUACGCAAUUGUCAUGUUUCGAAUUCUCUAACUCGCAUGCUCCUCGUUGCUACAUCUCUGUCGCUGCGCGCCGCUUGCGCCGCCUGCGCCGCUCAGAGGUUGCUCGACUUGGCUACAAAGCUCUGUCCCUUCUCAAUGUUUCCUCCCAAAUCAGCGACAGCCUUCUUGACCAGCCCCUCCUCGUACUCGCUCAUCCCACCGAGAGGGUGAAUCUUCUCUACACCGUUCUUGCCGAGCGUAACGGGGACAGAGAAGUACUGAAGGUUACCGCCCAGCUUGGAGGCUACGUCCUUACCGCCUGCCUCGGAGUCGAGGUCAACGUACGUGUACUCGUGCACCGAGC